CUUAAGUACUUCGACUGGUAUAUAGCUAAGCGAUUAAAUAGUCGCUAUUAUCUUUUAAUCCUCGAUAGCUAUAAAAGUUAUUAUUCUAUCGCCUUUAAGAGGUAUUAUAAGGAAAAUAAGAUUAUUAUAUUUUAUAUAUCGCCUUAUUUAUCUUAU